AUGGCUGCCGCCGAGGCCCAGCUCUAUGCCAAGGUCUCCAGCAAAACCCGGGGUCGCAGCGACCCCUCGCUCCUGGACGCCCUCCUGGGAAUGGGCUUUCCGGCACACACGGCGCUGAAGGCUCUGGCGGCCACAGGAAGGAAAACAGUGGAGGAGGCUUCGGACUGGCUGCACUGCCACCGCGAUGACCCUUCCCUGGAUGACCCCAUCCCCCAGGAGUUUGCCCUCUUCCUGUGCCCCACGGGGCCCCUGCUGGAGGAGCUGCAGGCAUUCUGGAGGGAGAGCCAGCGCCAGUGCUCCCGGAACCGAGCUCAUGAAGUCUUCCCCCACAUCACGCUCUGCGACUUCUUCACAUGCGAGGACCACAAGGUGGAGUCUCUGUACGAGGCGCUGCGCCGAGCAGGGGACAAGGUGCUAGGACACUUCCCUGUGUCGCUCCCGCUGGCCCUGCACUCGUCCAUCAGCUACCUGGGCUUCUUCGUGCCCAAUGGCCCUUCUGACGUGCUUCGAGAACUGGCCGUCACCUUCGCCACUGAAGCUGCAGAUUUGGCAGACUGCAUGGUGAAACCAAGCUCCAAACAGCUUCAUCUGACCCUGGCCCACAAGUUCUACCCCCACCACCAGAGGACGCUGGAGCAGCUGGCCAGAGCCCUCCAGCCCGGCCUCGGCUGCCAGUGGGCCGCUGCGCUCUAUUCGCGGGACAUGCGCUUUGUGCAUUAUCAGACGCUACGGGUCCUAUUCCAAUACAGGCCCCAGAACGUGGAUGAACUGGCCCUGAGUCCCGGAGACUUCAUCUUCGUGGACCCUGCCCAGCAGGAGGAAGCCAGCGAGGGUUGGGUAAUUGGGACCUCACACCGCACGGGCUGCCGGGGCUUCCUGCCUGAGAACUACACAGAGCGGGUCAGCGAGAGUGAUGCCUGGGUGAGGCACAGGACAUACACCUUUAGCCACUCAACAGAGGUCAGCUCUGGGAAGGACUUGGAGGCCAGGAGCAGACGCAGUGGAGAAACCCCCACACAACCUGUGGGGAGCAGCUAUGACGGGCAGGCUCUGCAGGCCGCUAUGGGGAGAAGGGCCAUCCUGGUGGUGCGUCACGGGGAGCGCGUGGACCAGAUCUUCGGGAAGGCCUGGCUGCAGCAGUGCUCCACGUCCGACGGGAAGUACUACCGGCCAGACCUCAACUUCCCCAGCAGCCUGCCCCGCCGGAGUCGGGGGCUCCAGGAUUUUGAAAACGACCCCCCCUUGUCCUCCUGUGGCAGCUUCCAGGCGCGGAUGGCAGGGGAAGCCCUGAGGGACAACGGCGUCAGGAUCACGUCGGUCUUCACAUCCCCGGCUCUGCGCUGCGUGCAGACGGCCCAGCACAUCCUGGAUGAGCUCCGGCUGGAGAGGACGGUGAGGAUCCACGUGGAGCCUGGACUCUUCGAGUGGACCAAAUGGGAGGUGGGCAGGGCCCUGCCCCACUUCAUGGGUCCGGACGAGCUCAAGGAGGCGGGAUUCAGUGUCAGCACCGACUACAGGCCCACGUUCCCCCUCUCCUCGCUCCUGCCAGCUGAGAGCUAUGAGCAAUUCGUGGGUCGGUGUGCACUGAUCAUGGAGCAGGUGGUCUCCAGCGCCCCCAAAGCAGGCGUGACCCUUGUGGUCGCUCACAGCUCGGCACUCGACUCCUGCACCCGCCCACUGCUCUGCCUGCCCCCCAGAGACUGUGCCGACUUCGCCCGGCUGGUGAGAAAGAUCCCCGCCCUGGGCAUGUGCUGCUGUGAGGAGGACCCGGAGGCUGGGCGCUGGGAGCUGGUGCCCCCACCCAUCCGGACGCUCACUCAUGGUGCCAACUCACCCUUCAGCUGGAGGAAUUGGGUCCUGGGCACCUAG